GCCAACGUAAAACGUCAAGUCGGUAUGGUAUUUAGGUUAUGUUAAUGGGCUGACGUUGAGAAGGGUAAAGCAAAAAAAAUAAUAAUAUGGAAAACAGCGAUGUUAUUCUGGUAACAGGUGGCUCGGGGUUGGUGGGAAGUGCUAUUAAGUCAGUAGUAGAAUCUGAGAAAGCCGAUGGCGAGAGAUGGAUCUUCGUCACCAGCAAAGACGCCAAUUUAUGUGACUAUGAUAGUACAAAGGCCCUCUUUGAGAAGCACAGGCCCACUAAAGUCAUCCACUUGGCAGCCAUGGUUGGUGGACUCUUCCACAAUAUGUCCCAUAAUCUGGAUUUCUUUAAAAACAACCUGAACAUGAACAAUAACGUUCUACAAGUGAGCCACGAGAUGCAGGUGAAGAAGGUGAUCUCCUGUUUGUCCACCUGCAUCUUCCCAGACAAGAUCACGUACCCCAUAGACGAGACAAUGGUGCAUUUGGGACCGCCUCAUUCUUCCAAUUUUGGUUACAGCUACGCCAAGCGAAUGAUCGAUGUCGCUAAUCGAGCUUACAAACAGCAGCACGGCUGUAACUUCACCUCCGUGAUUCCGUGCAAUGUCUUCGGUCCUCAAGAUAACUACAAUCUGGAGUCGAGCCAUGUCAUACCUGGACUCAUUAGGAAAUUGCACGAUAUCAUCUCUAAAGGUGGUGAUACAUUCACUGUCAUGGGAACUGGAAAGCCUUUGCGACAAUUCAUAUAUUCAAUGGAUUUGGCGAAGUUGUUCGUUUGGGCUUUGAGGAACUACGAGGAUGUUGAACCGAUCAUCUUUUCAGUGGAUGAAUCUGCGGAGAUUUCUAUAGGAGAGGCCGCCGAGGAGAUCGCUAGAAGCUUCGAUUUCAAGGGAAAGAUAAUUUACGAUACAACCAAAGCUGAUGGUCAAUUCAAGAAGACGGCAAGCAACGCGAAGUUGCGUCGUCUUCAUCCUGAAUUCAAGUUUACCCCGUUUAAAGAAGCCAUCCAGACAAGCGUGGAUUGGUACAAGCAGAACUGUUCCACCGCCAGGAAUUAAUUAUUACAAUAAUAAUGUGGGAUUAUUAGUAUUAUUUUAAGGGUAUUUUGUGCUAUGAAUAAACGCCGUAAUUGUGAUUGGAA